UGCCAUGAGAAGCAGGGCUUUCCUUUCCGAAAGUUUGGUAGUUCGAGUCCUAUAAGUGAAGUGAUAGACAUUUCUUUUUCCCUUGCCGCAAAGCAAUCGUCAACAUGGGAAAGCCCCGCGGUUUGAGAACAGCGAGAAAACACGUCAACCACAGGAGGGACCAAAGAUGGGCCGACAAAGACUACAAAAAAGCCCAUUUAGGAACCAGGUGGAAGGCCAAUCCUUUUGGAGGCGCCUCUCAUGCGAAAGGAAUCGUACUAGAAAAAGUUGGUGUAGAAGCCAAGCAACCUAACUCUGCCAUCCGCAAGUGCGUCAGGGUGCAAUUGAUCAAAAACGGCAAGAAAAUCACGGCGUUCGUGCCUCGGGAUGGUUGCCUCAAUCAUAUUGAAGAAAACGACGAAGUACUAGUCGCUGGUUUCGGUAGGAAAGGUCACGCUGUUGGAGAUAUUCCCGGAGUUAGAUUUAAGGUCGUCAAAGUAGCCAACGUAUCUCUUCUGGCGCUGUAUAAAGAAAAGAAGGAAAGGCCGAGGUCUUAGACAUGAGCAAUUAAAUUGUUCCGAAAA